AUGGAGCCCAGCAGUCCGAAGAAGAUCCAGUUUGCUGUCCCUCCUCUGCAGGGACAGCUGGACCCACAGGCUGCCGAACAUAUCCGUCGCAGAAGACCAACUCCUGCUACUCUGCAGAUCUACAGACAACCUGGCACAGAUGUUGGAGAUCAACACAACGCCAGCGGAGAGACACAGGCUUCAGAGUCCGCUCAGAGGAAGCAGAGCACCUACGCCCCGCCCACCAUGAAAGGGAAGCUGAAAAGUUCUGUUCCCGAGGAAGAGGAGGAUGAGGCCAACCUUCAGGACGACUGAUUCAGGAAUGAAAGCUCAGCACAGAAGUGGCGACCGAUCUUUGCUGAUCUGGACAAAACCAACGAACUCUGGCGUCCAUCUUGAGUGUAAAGCACCUACAAGACAAUAAAGCAAUCAGUGGGAGUGUUUAUAGAGACAACCGUAAACGUUUAAUUAAGAGUAUGGAGAGAAACAAGUCAAACCAGCGUCACUCUAUUCACCCCGAAUAUCAUACCCACACAAAUAUAAAUGUACCUUUGUUUGCCCGGUUUUUAGUUUAUGAAUAGGGUGGAAGCUUAUUUCACCCUUUAUCCAAAGCAAGAAAACAACUAACUGCCAUCCCAACAGUUUACCUCCAACAUAACACUUUUGGCGGGACACUUGUGAAACCUGAAACAAGUUCUAAUAUUGAUGUAAACCAACAAACUUUGACAUCAUCUUCAUUUCAAAAUACACAGAUUGACUCUGGAUAAGUUUAAUUUUAUAGUUGGCCUGCUAGCUAGCUACUACAGUUUAGCCAGGAUAGCUACCUGCAGGGUUGACUACACAUGC